AUGUGCUCGGCGCUGUCCGUGCCACGUGCGCGCGUGCUCGUCCCCGCGGCCACGGCGUGUGCCGGGGCUGCGGCGCUGGCGUUCCUGGCAUGGCGGCACCGGCGUCAGCAGUGCGCAGCCAGCGGCGGCGCCGCCGCGGCGGGCGGGCGCUGGGGGGCCUCGGGCCUGUCGGGCUUCAGCCCGGAGGAGGAGGUGCAGCGCUGCGACCGCCUGGAGGAGAUCGCCUCACGGCUGCGGUCCCUGGGGGGCAACUCGCUGCGGGGCCACACGAUGGGAGGGCCGAGCGGGCGCGGGGCGCUGCCCAGGCUGUCCGACCUGCUCGCCGAGUACCGCGGCGCGCUCGCGGACGACGCCGCCCGGCUCGUGGUCGGGGGCCUCGGGGGGGACGACCUGCGGAGGGCCUCGCGCGCCAUCAGGGACGCGAUCGCCGCGGAUCGGGACCGCCACCUCGUCCUCGAAGUCGGGGCUGGGCGCGGCGUGGCUGAGCUGGACGCCGUCGCGGCCGCGCUCUCCGACGUGGUGGGCCGCUACCGGCGCGAGGCCGCUGGCCGCUUGGGCGCCGACCCGGACACUUUGGAGGGCUGGGCGCGAGACCGCGCCGCCGCCUGGGAGAGGUUCAAGGAGCACAUGCGGCAGUGCCUGAAGGCCGCGAACCCCUGGGUCGCGUACGACUGA